UAGCAACUAAUUUAAAUGUGUUUCUAAAAUGUGUGUUAUUAAUCAAACUCCAUGUACAGUAUGUUCACUGUCCUCGUGCUCUGAUCUAGUCUUUAAUCUAUUUGCUUCUUUAUCUGGGUUUGGAUCAUGUGGGAUUUGCCUAUGUAUGUCCACUUGACAUUUUCUAAUAGCUCUUUGGCAGGUAGAGCGAGAAGACAAGUCAUUAAUAGCUCUCUGGGACACUAAUCCAGUUCCCUGAAUGGGAAAAACAGAACCUCUCUGUGUUAUUUCAGGGAUUUGUUUUAUGUAACAGAUUAGUCUCCAGAUCCGCUGUGAAGAGUUGUGUUGUUAGUGUUGCUGGUGACAGCAAAGCUUAAUCCUCUGACCUGCCUGGGACAGCGAUCGUGCAGAUCUGUGCUUUUCAUCUCUCUUUUGUCACACCUUCAGGAAGGUCCAGCAACUUGCCCAUCAGCAUCUGCACUUGGAGAGAAGAGAAAAGAGAGAAAGCAUGCCAUGUCUGCACACGGAGUCCCUGUCCUCUUUGCCUACUGAAGGCAGGUAUGGAGUCACCUCAGCCCGCAGGGGGUCUCAAGGAUCCAGGUCCAAAUCUGGUAAAAAAGGGAAGAAUGGAGAGAAGGAUGCUCAUGUGGAGAGGAAUGACAGUGAGAAAGAACAGAGUGUCAUAGUCAGUGCUGGAUGGUUCUUCUCCCCGCUCUGGAACCAUGGUGCCAAAACCCAGAGACUGGGAUUCAGGAUGGGUCAGGAAAGCGAGAGAGUGAAGGCAUGGCUGGAUGAUCAUUCAGAUUCUGCCAGGUCUUACUUUAGCAGAUCUUCAAGAUAUUGGGUGAAUGGCUGUGUAGAAAGAGCCCAAGCUGCCCAAACCCUCAUAACUGAGCCAAGGUCUAGGAUGACUUUUCUUGGCAGACGCAGGUUGCCCCACCGUAAGUCUGGGCCCUCUCGAGGGAUUCUGCACCCUGGCACAAUGAAAAGAGCACACUCCUUUUCCGUCCAGCAGACUGAUAAUCCUGAGAGUUUGGACCCCGGCGGGCGGCGUUCUAUUCAAUCAUUGCAGUCUACAGACUUUCCAUUUUCACCUCGUGUGUCAAGGUCAACAUAUUUGCCACAUUCUUUGAGAUCCUCAAGACCAACGGGACAGUGUAGAAGAGGCAAGUCCUGUAACUUCAUGGUGCGGCUCGUUGGUGGUCCGAACAGACCUCUACAGAACAAAAAUAUCUGUCUUCAGGUCCUACAACAUCUUUGUGAAAUCACUCAUGCUCAGAGCUGCUGUUUCUCAAUGAUGACCCUGGACAGAACAGGUGUGAAGUGUUUGGGUCCUGUCUUCCAAUCAAAUGAGGAGUCUGUCUACGACUACAGACAGUCAGAGUGGGACAAGUGCAUUAUGGGAUAUGUGGUCAGCACUGGGAAGCCUCUUAACAUCAGGGAUGCCCGUGAGGAUCCAAGAUUUCAGAUUGAACUGUGUGAGACAGGAGAAGACAGACCCAAGAGUAUUCUCAGUGUUCCCAUCCUCAACCACAAAAAGGAGGUUAUAGGUGUCAUCAUGGCUGUGAACAAAAUCAGGCGAGGCACAUGCGUAGACAGCUGUUUCUCCAAGCAAGAUGAGAAAGUGCUGUCGUCACAUAUGGUGUUGUUCGGACUGAUCCUGGAAAACAGCCAGCUGUGUGAGAGAUCUGAACAAGAGAGCAAACGCAACCAGGUUCUGCUGGAGUUGGCCCAGCUGGUGUCACAUGACUACCCCUCUUUGGAUGACAUGCUCAGCAAACUGGCUGCUGUCAUCCUGCCAGUGACAAAAGCACAAUUCUGUACUGUUUUCAUCUCAGAUGACAGCUCUAUGGGGCCUUUCUCAAGGAUGGUCCAUAUAGAAGAAACCAAUUCCUCUGUCCAAUGUUCCACAAGGGAUUGUGACACCAGUGACAUCAGCUACAUGUACGCUGUUCAUGUGCGAAACUCAAUGGAGACGCUGAACUUUGUCAACAGGCCUGGCCAGAUUUCCAAGGUCCCUCAGAUCGGAAGUUUGAUCGGCACACCUCUGAGAGGCAAACAGAGAGGUGUGUGCCAGCUAGUCAAUAAAAGAAAUGUGGCCCUUGCUGAGACAGAAGCUUUUAGCCGAGCUGAUGAGCUCCUCCUGGAGGACUUUGCGGUGUACUGUGCUCUAGGAUUGCAGAACUUCAACAUGCAACAGAAGGCAGAUAAAACCAGAGCCAGGCUGGCUGUUACUAAAGAGGUCUUAUCUUAUCAAAUCUCUGUUUCACAAGAGGAGAUUCAUGACUUGGAGGAGUCCGUUAUCCCGUCAGCAGAUGUGCUCUGUCUACUGGAUUUUGGCUUCAGUGAUUUUAAUAUGUCCCAGACUGCCAUGGCUCAGGCCGUUGUGCGCAUGUUCCUGGAACUUAAUUUGCUCCAGGAUUUCAACAUUGCUUUCAAGACCCUGUGUCAAUGGGUUUUGAGCACAAGGAAGUGUUACAGGAACAAUGUGGUCUAUCAUAACUGGAGUCAUGCAUUACAUACUGCUCAGUGUAUGUUUGCCAUGCUGCAGACAAAGGAGCUAAAGAGUCAUUUUAGCAGUCUGGAGGUUCUUGCUCUCAUGAUUGCCAGUCUGAGCCAUGAUCUGGACCAUAGAGGCGUGAAUAACUCUUACAUAGAGAGGAGUAACCAGCCUCUGGCACAGCUGUAUGGUCACUCAUCCCUAGAGCAUCAUCAUAAUGACAUGUGCCUUCUCAUUCUCAACAACCCUGGCAGUCAGAUUCUGAGCUCGCUCUCAUUGAAGGAAUACAAGGCCUGUGUGCAGAUGAUCGAGAAGAACAUUCUGGCAACAGACCUUGCUAUUUAUAUAGAGAAGAGAACAAAGUUCUUUAAACUAGCUCAGAAUAACAGCUGUCUUUGGAAGGAUGAAGGACACAGAGAACUGCUGAGGUCAAUGCUAAUGACAGCAAGUGACAUAUGUGCAAUAACCAAACCAUGGCCAGUUCAGAAGCGGAUUGCUGAACUCGUAGCAACAGAAUUUUAUGCUCAAGGAGACAGAGAAAAGUGUGAAUUCAACAUUCAGCCAAUUGAUGUGAUGGACCGUGAAAACUCCUCUCGGUUGCCUCACAUGCAGGUUGACUAUAUCGACGGGAUUUGCUCUCCGCUUUAUGAGGCCCUGGCCAGCAUUUGUGAGUCCUGUUCUCCUCUGAAAGAAGGUUGUAGAAGGAACAAAACACUCUGGCAACAGCUGGUAGACAGCAGAAAGGAAGAAAAGUCUUGAAAAUCAAAAGACAAAAUGGAGAAAGCGAAGAAGCAAGUUUAACUCUUUUGGGGGGCCAAUCAUAAAGUGAGGCCACUCAAGGUCGUAUCUGAUAUUCAGAUUAUUAUUAUUAUAUAUGAUGACAUUAAAAUCAUUAACCAUUUCUUAUGUAGAUUAUUAACACUAUCCAUCUAGUCAACACUAAAACAAAGCAAAAAGGAAAAAACAACUAACUUGUGUAAUAAUGUGAAAGAGAUGGACUGAAAUAAAUUGACGUAGGUAUAAUUUGUCACAACCACUUACAGCCAUCUAUACCUGCCAUUCUUGAUCUUCAAAUAAACCGCAGACGUUUUGUGAAAUAUCAUGUACACAAGACUAAUUCCUGGUUGGCUAUGUCAUACUAAUGAAUCAUUACUAAAUCAUUCAUGUAACAUAUUUAUUUUAACAUAUUUUUUUACAAAAAUACAUAUGUCUUUAAAUAUGAGUUGUUUUAGACAAGAAAGCACAACUUGAUUCUUGAUUCUACUUAAUAAUGUUUGUUCAUUCCUCAAAAAAGGAUUACUUAAUUUUAAUUAAAUUCAUAUGCUUGUAAAGCUGAAGAGAUAAAAACAUUGUUUAUGAAGUGA